UUUGCAUACGCUUUGCAUACGAUUUGCAUGUGGCGCGGCGGCGCGGAGCCAUGUCGGCGGUGCCCCGGCACGGCGGCCCCCCGCGGGGCAAGGUCGGGGCCCUGCGCGGCGGCGAGAAGAAGUGCUCAUGGGCUUCCUACAUGACCAACUCCCCGACCCUGAUCGUGAUGAUCGGCCUGCCCGCGCGCGGCAAGACCUACGUGUCCAAGAAGCUCACCCGCUACCUCAACUGGAUCGGGGUGCCCACCAAAGUGUUUAAUUUAGGAGUGUAUCGCCGGGAAGCGGUGAAGUCUUAUAAGUCCUAUGACUUCUUCAGGCACGAUAACAAAGAAGCCAUGGAAAUCCGCAAACGAUGUGCCUUAGUGGCUUUAGAAGAUGUGAAGGCUUAUCUCUUGGAGGAGUGCGGGCAAAUAGCUGUGUUUGAUGCAACCAACACAACUCGAGAAAGACGGGACCUGAUCUUAAAUUUUGCUAAGGAAAAUGGUUUCAAGGUGUUCUUUGUGGAGUCUGUCUGUGACGAUCCAGAAGUCAUUGCUGCCAAUAUCCUGGAGGUGAAAGUUUCCAGCCCCGACUACCCGGAGAGGAACAGGGAGAACGUGAUGGAUGACUUCCUGAAGAGGAUCGAGUGUUACAAGGUCACCUACCAGCCUCUCGAUCCCGAUGCGUAUGACAAAGAUCUUUCCUUCAUUAAAGUGAUCAAUGUGGGACAGCGGUUCCUAGUAAACAGAGUCCAAGAUUACAUCCAGAGUAAAAUCGUCUAUUACCUAAUGAACAUUCAUGUCCAGCCGCGUACCAUCUACCUUUGCCGACAUGGUGAGAGUGAAUAUAAUCUUGUUGGCAAGAUUGGUGGGGAUUCUGGUCUGUCACCGCGCGGGAAGCAGUUUGCUCAGGCGCUGAAGCAGUUCAUCGAAGAGCAGGAAAUUGUUGAUCUGAAGGUGUGGACGAGCCAGCUGAAAAGGACGAUCCAGACGGCCGAGUCCCUGGGGGUCACGUACGAGCAGUGGAAGAUUCUCAACGAGAUCGAUGCUGGGGUGUGUGAAGAAAUGACCUAUGCAGAAAUUGAAGCCAAGUAUCCAGAUGAGUUUGCCUUGAGGGAUCAAGAGAAAUAUCUUUAUCGCUAUCCUGGAGGCGAGUCCUACCAGGACUUGGUCCAGCGCCUGGAGCCAGUAAUUAUGGAGCUAGAACGGCAAGGCAACGUCCUCGUUAUCUCCCACCAGGCGGUUAUGAGGUGCCUCUUGGCUUAUUUUCUUGACAAGAGUGCAGACGAGCUGCCCUACCUGCGCUGCCCCCUCCACACCAUUCUCAAGCUCACGCCCGUUGCGUACGGCUGUAAAGUGGAGAUGAUUACCCUGAACGUGGAAGCAGUGAACACCCACCGUGACAAACCCUCUCUGAACUCGAGAAUGGCUGGUUUAACGGUGUAGAGGUUUGGUCUUUCAUCUCGGAUUCGGCUGGAUCUCCGUGGCUGGGAAGAGCCCUGCGGAUGGGACUCGAGCAUCCCCGGAGCACAGUGAGCCGCACGCCGCUUUGGCCAGUGCUUUCCUCUGAAAUGUGUUUGGUUUUUUUUUUUAGAGUCUGUCUGUGUCUUUUUUCGUUCCAAAUGCUGAAAUGUCUGUCGAUGAGACUGGAGAAAAUUUGGUACGGAGAUCUUUCAACCUGCUUUUGAUAAGCGUGGGAUGAGGUAUCCCUGGGCGCUCUGACGCGUUAAAAUAGCGUCCCGCGUCUUUUCCUCCUGGUUAGAAGGCAAAAUUAACCACAGCGUAUGCAAGGACAAAAUGGUCACAUCCACACUCCCUGAAGCCGCUUUUCUUUGGAAAAUAUGUUAUCAGACCAAAUCCCUAAGCUUUUAUUUAACUGUUACCGUUUCCAAGUUCUAACAUGGUUAUUGUGUUAUUUAACCAUCGAAAGAGCUCUAGGUGUCGUUAGACUUCACUUUCAUGACUGCUGAUUUGAAUCCCCCCCAGUCUGAGCCUGUUCCUUCGCUCUGGGAUGGUUUUUUGCCUUUUUUUCCUUUUGGUGGAACACAAGGUACUUGUCAGGUCGGCAAAUCCUGCGGGAUGUCUCCUGUGAGGGGCUAAAGGGAAUGAUAAAAGCUCCUGCGUUGGAGACGGAUCUAUUUAUCUACCAGCACUGUUGAAUCUGAAUUCCAAGUCCUGCUUUAGCUUUGCACCCUGAUGUCAGAAGCCUCAUCCUCUCCUUCACUUUUUCCUGGGUUUUAUGGAUCCCUUUUCUCUAUUCCAACAGCAAAAAUCCGAGCACCGCUUCACUGGGUAUCUGGGAACAGCGGGGCUACACGUGCAGGGUUUUCAAGACGCACGUGAUUUUUACCAGUUGUCCGUUUAACGUACCAAAUUUUAGGUCCACAACGAGUUUUUAAACUUGGCUAUAAAUAAGCUGUGAAUGUUACUGAUGCACGAUGCUGCUUUUACUAGAGUUUAAGCCGCUUUGUUAUUUAGUGCGUAGAUGGUGAAACUCCCCUGCGGCACAGCUCGUGCGAUGGCUGCGUGUUACGUAAAUCCCCCGCCGAGGUGCAGGGGAAGCAAUACCCCAAAUUUACAGUUUUCUCCCCCGAGUCUUGACUUGUGUUUUGCCAAACUCCGUUUUACUCCGCUCCUCCUGUUCUCGCAAUAAGGACAAAAUCCUCAGGUUGGGCGAAGAAAGGAGCGUUUAGGUACAAAGCAGGAGGCUGUUCUGGACCUGCUGUUUCCAGUGACUCCAGGAUUUAUACGAAUAACUUCUGAGACGCAGGUUGCUUAUUUUAAAUGUGUAACUAAAUAUUUGUCAUGCCCACAGUAGGAAUCUGUGUUUGAGAAACAUCGGUGCCCUGGCUGCGGAGGAGCUCAGCAGCCUCGAAGCCUGAGGUUUACCCUGGCGUUUUUGAGCUCAAAUCUGUUUGUUUUAAACACUCCAGAGCUUUAAUUUGAUAAAGCUGAGAUAGAGAGCCAGGACAAAGGCCCGGGCUGUAAUUCUAAGCCUUUAAGAUUUACGUGGAGCAGAAGUGGUGUGUUGAUCUAAAGCAAUUGCACCGCGGAGGGAGGAAAUUCAGUGGGUGAGAAAGUGAGUUUUAAUAGUUUUGUUCCUCGGGCUGUUCCCACUGGGGAGCAGUUUUGCUGCAGCCUUCUGCAAGAGCAGCGCCGCCUGUUCUUUGGUUUUAAAUGUUGCAGUGCUUAGAAAUAAGCCAGGGGGAAAAAAAAAAGGGGGGGGGGAAAUGUUGAAGGAAGAGAUUUACAGCCUGUUGCAUGGUAAUGUUUGCUGUUACUCUCCAGUAAAGCUCUCAACGCACAAGCCUGCACUGCGUCGGGCUGGCUGCUCCUGCCGAGACACCCCCUGCUCUGCAGGGAAAAGGAAGUAGAAAUGUACUGUAGGAUGUUUACGCACAAUACGCUGUAAUUACUUGCUACAGAGUUAAUUAUAUUUGUAUCAUUGAGUAGUUAAUGGCUGUAAGGAGAUAAAAUACCUAUUUUUACCUGCCACGAUUUGUGAAUGUAGCUGCUAACGUGCUGGCGGCUGUAACUUUUUAAUCACUGCUGAAAAUCAGGUCUGUGGCUUUGGAUCGCUGACUGUGGGUCCCUUAUUCCUACGGAGCGGGUCCUUGCUUUGGCCGCGGUCUGCUGGGUCGUGGGAUGGAGCCUCUCAGCCGGCUCUGCAGAAGGCAGCACUUGUGCCUCGGUGCUUUAAUUAAAGCCUAACGAUAACCUUUUCCCCCUGCGCUUUGACUUUGAAAAGGUGCAAAUACACGCAUCUAGAGCAGAGCGGCAGCAGAUUCGUGAUCAUCAUCGCCCCGCGGGUGAGGUCCUGGGGUCCUGCCGAGCCCUGAGCUCUGGGGGCGGCCGGGCUGGGGCGAUGCCCAUGAGCCCAUGUGUCUGCCCAGCCCCAAACGGGCCGGCGGGUCCCUGUGCCAGGGAUUUCCUUGAAAUCACCUGAUUCCCUUGGCACUGCGCAUGCAAAUACCCCAGAAUAAACAACGAUUGCACAAUGUACCUGAACUGAGGAUUAGCAGCGGCUCAUGCUGUCAGUCAUACCCGAGCUGGUGUCUUGGGCUGGGCAGGCAGAGGUGGUGAAUUUGGAGGUGUGGAAGGGGGCUCGGCGCCUUCGUGAGCACCACAAGUGCGGUUUUUUGUGUAUUUCUCUGACUUUCUCGCCAUCCGUUCCUAGCACAGAGGUGGCGGCACCCGCUGUCACCUUCAGUGAGCAUCGCCGUCCCUGAGCUGCGGUCCAAGGGCUGGUUGGCAUGUCACUGUUACGGGUCAUUUUAGAGAAAAAUGAUCACUCAGGCAAAACCUGUUCCAUCUCUACUGCCAGCAAUGGGGAAAAUUGGAAAGCGGAGAGGUGGGGGGGAAGAGCUUAAAACCAGCCCGGGUAGCUUGAGGUUGCGUACGCUGGCUGUGACGUUAGAGCUGCCACCUCUGCAAGGCGUCCCCUUCCCGGCAGCGGGUGUCAGGGAAGCCCAGCCCAGCCGCUGCAGGGCCGAGGAGGGGAGAGGCAUCUCCGCCAGCGCUUCCAGGAACCGGGGGUAUGUCCCAAACCCUCACCCCGCGCCCCCUCCGAAGUGCAAGCGCUGCUGGUGCUGCCUCCACCUCUGCUCAGUCACUCUGAACGCUGUUUGCAAACUGCGGCUCUGUAGCUGGUGUUUCGUGAGAUGGAUGGUACACGUCUACUUGCGGUUUUGCUACUCUACUGCUUUCUAAUGGUUUUUUAGGUUAAAAAAAAAAAUGCAGUGUAUGUAAACUUGUGCUGUAUGUUGUGUACUCUCUGCACUUGAGCAUAAAUAUCCCAUGAGCAUUUAUUUACAAUAAAGAGAUUUUAAAAAAACCA